GCUCUCUCGGAUUUCGUCGAGGACACCGCUGGGCUGAGGGCAACGUUGCGGCUUCUGGGGUCAGUGAUCUCCGGCUCCUUUGCGCUUGCCUUCCUAUCGCCUGGGUAUCCACACCUCUCCGACAUCAAGGACCUCGACAUCUAUGUUCCCAAGGACUACGCCCUACGGUUCAUGAUGUACCUGAUCAACGCCGAAGGCUACGUCCAUAUGUCCACCUCGCGCAUUCCCUAUGGCCAGAACGUCGCACAUGCUCUUGUGAUCACCCUCCAGAGAGCAGGACAACGAAUCGACAUCAUUCCGUCCAUCAACGCCUCGCCUCUUUUUCCCAUCUCGUUCUUCUGGGCGUCGCACCUCAUGAAUUACCUCACCGCGGAUUCGUUCUGCGCUGCGUACCCCGAAUACACCUUCGCGCAACGGGCAGUGCUCUCCCCUGUACAACUCAUCGAUCACCGGUACCCGUCACCCGAAAUCGUCCGCGUCAUCCGCAAGUACGAGGACCGAGGGUACCAGUUCAGGGUAAGGCCGUACGCG